AUGGAUCAUGAGGAGGUGCCUGAUGCAGACUCAGCACUGGCUGAGGAGGGAGAGGAGGCUGCAGGGGAAACAGAAGGAGACAAAGAAGGAGAAGAAGAAUCAGAUGUUGCCAUGGAAACAUCCAACGCUCCUGUCUACUGCAUCUGCAGGAGGCCAGAUAUCAACUGUUUUAUGAUUGGGUGUGAUAGCUGCAAUGAAUGGUUCCAUGGCGACUGUAUUGGAGUCUCGGAGAAGGCAGCCAAGGCCAUCCGGGUGUGGUACUGUCCCACCUGUAGAGGUACAGACAGCUCCCUGGAGAUUAAAUUCCGUCCGAAGAAGACCAAGGAGAAGGAGGAGUUGGACCUGGACAAGGGGGGAGGAGAUGGGAGCUCCACCCCCAUCCCAAAAAUGGACAGGAGGCGUGGCUCACAGGUGAAGCGCUCAGCCCGGAUGUGUGGCGAGUGCGAGGCGUGUCUACGGACAGAGGACUGCGCUCAGUGUGAUUUCUGUAAAGACAUGAAGAAGUUUGGAGGUCCAAACAGAAUCCGACAGAAAUGUCGUCUCAGACAGUGUGAAGUCCGAGCCAGGAAGAUGCUCCGUGUGAAAGAUGAAGAGUUUGGUCGAGGUGGAGGAAGAGGGCGGGCCAUCCAGAGGAGAGGGGUGGGGCAACUGUCAGAGGAAGAAGAUGGAUACAGUGAGAGCGAACUAGAACUCUACCAGCAGUACAAGGCAGCAGGAUACAGUGACCUGGUGUGGCACAGUGAGGAGGAGGAAGGCAUGUCAGAACCCACUAUGAGGAAGAAAGCGGUGAAGGUCAAACACGUUAAGAGGCGGGAAAAAAAGGCUGACAGGAAGAAGUCUCUGUCUGUUUCUAAAGAGGAGUUGAAGGUGCGUCGCCACAAACAGAAGCAGCGCCACAGGGAGCGUGUCCGUCACAGUGAGAGGGGAGGGGAGGGAGGUGUGAAGGAGGUGGCAGGAGUGCUGAGGCAGUGUCUGGGUCCAGGCUGUGUGGAGCCAGCCCGAACCAACUCCAAGUACUGCUCCGAGGAAUGUGGCAUGAAACUGGCUGCCAAUCGUAUCUAUGAGAUCCUGCCCCAGAGGAUCCAGCAGUGGCAGCAGAGCCCCUGUGUGGCGGAGGAGCAGGGCAGGAGGCAGCUGGAGCGCAUCAGGAAGGAGCAGCAGGCCGCCAGACUUCGCCUCACCCUGAUGGAGAAACGAUUCCACGAACUGGAAGGAAUCAUCGCCAAGGCCAAACAGCAACCCAUCCAACAGGAUGAAGAGGUGAAUGAAGGCGAGGGAGAUGACACAGACCUGCAGAUAUUUUGUGUGUCCUGCAGUCACCCCAUCAACCCCAAGGUUGCACUGAGACACAUGGAAAGAUGCUACGCUAAGUAUGAGAGUCAGACGUCAUUUGGCUCCAUGUACCCCACUCGCAUCGAAGGGGCAACACGGCUGUUCUGUGAUGUGUAUAACCCUCACAGUAAGACCUACUGUAAGAGACUGCAAGUCCUCUGCCCUGAACACUCCAGAGACCCCAAGGUCCCGGUGGACGAGGUGUGUGGUUGUCCUCUGGUCAAAGACGUCUUUGAAACCACGGGCGAGUUCUGUCGCGUGUCCAAGAGGAAGUGUAACAAACACUACUGCUGGGAGAAACUGCGGCGGGCGGAGGUGGACCUGGAGCGGGUCAGGGUGUGGUAUAAACUGGAUGAGUUGUUUGAACAGGAGAGGAAUCUGAGGACGGCCAUGACAAACAGGGCCGGACUGUUGGCACUGAUGUUACAUCAGACCAUCCAACAUGAUCCCAUCACUACUGACCUACGAUCUGCUAAAGACAGAUAG